AUUGAACUGUGUCAUCAGUUCCCUCAUGGUAUCACAGACCAGGUGAUUCAAAAUGACAUGCCUCACAUGGAAGCCCAGCAGCGAGCCAUGGCGAUCAACAGGCUGCUCUCGAUGGGGCAACUGGACCUUCUCAGGAGCAAUGCAGGUCUCCUAUAUAGAAUCAAAGAGUCUCAAAAUGCAAGUAAAAUGAAAGGCUCUGACAAUCAAGAGAAGCUGGUUUACCAAAUUAUAGAAGAUGCAGGCAACAAAGGUAUUUGGAGCAGGGACAUUAGAUACAAAAGUAAUUUGCCUUUAACGGAGAUCAACAAGAUACUGAAAAACUUGGAAAGCAAGAAACUAAUUAAAGCAGUAAAAUCUGUGGCAGCAUCCAAGAAGAAGGUGUAUAUGCUAUAUAACCUGCAGCCUGACCGGUCAGUGACUGGUGGGGCUUGGUACAGUGACCAAGACUUUGAGUCUGAAUUUGUGGAGGUGUUAAAUCAACAGUGUUUUAAAUUUCUACAGAGCAAGGCAGAAGCAGCUCGAGAAAGCAAACAGAACCCCAUGAUACAGAGGAACAGCUCAUUUGCCUCAUCCCAUGAGGUGUGGAAAUACAUCUGUGAACUGGGUAUCAGUAAGGUAGAGUUGUCAAUGGAAGACAUUGAAACCAUCUUAAAUACACUAAUAUAUGAUGGAAAAGUGGAGAUGACUAUUAUUGCUGCAAAGGAGGGGACGGUAGGCAGUGUGGAUGGACAGAUGAAGCUGUACAGAGCCGUUAGUCCUCUCAUACAACCCACUGGAUUAGUCAGGACGCCCUGUGGACUCUGCCCCGUUUUUGAUGAUUGCCAUGAAGGUGGUGAGAUUUCUCCAUCAAAUUGUGUUUAUAUGACAGAGUGGCUGGAGUUUUAAAGUGAAAGAAAACUGUAAACUGGAUUCAUGCUUCACAGCCAAGGUCACAAAGCAGCUUGCUUUUUUAAAAGUGGACUUCUAAAUUUGUAAGCAACUUCAGGACACGGAGUGACUUUGUUUUUAAUGAAACAUAAAGCAGCAACGUAUCAGUUGCGUGAGCAGUCUUGAGAGUGGACUGGAAAUCGAGUCAGCACUGAAGAUCAAGGCUGAAGUGGAAAUGUAGUUCCAUUCUUGUACCAAA